AUGACUUCACAAAAUGAGGAGGUGGAAAAGGCGCCUAGACUACCUAUGCCAUCACGAAACCCUUUGCCAUUGUCCGCAGCACAAGAAGGUCAAGUCCAAGAAGUUUACCAUGCAAGAGUGCGGAGUUAUUGUGCGGCAGAGAUUAAGGUGUUCGCAGAGUGCGCUCUCGGAAAAACUUUCACUGCCCCAUUCAAGUGUAGAGAACAAAAUCGAGCGAUGAACAAUUGCAUGAUAACACACGCCACACAAUUAGAAAAGGAUGCAGCCAGAGAAGAGUGGUUUUCCCUGAGAUUACAGAGACAAAAGGACCGUGAAGGGAAAGAAGCAAGAAGGAAAGAGCAAGAGAAGUUCCAUAGGGAAUGGUGGGGCUUACCAGCCGAAGAAAGAGAGGGCGAGAAAGGCAAAGAAGUAAUGAGGAACGCCGAGAGAGUUGGUGGAUUUCCGAAGAGGGAUGAGGGACAACUCAGCAAAGACCGACAUAGGUGA